AAUGAACUGUCUGUCUGCCUGCACCAAGGGGGUGAGCGUCUGCUGAGGCCCAAUCAGCGACUCAGUGCUGCCUGCCGGUGCCGGGGACUGGUGGUGAGGAUCCACUGCAGCGCGUCAGGACCGGACCGUGAACCCGGAGACGGUACACACUGAGGCGAAAGGAGACACAGGAUGGAGCGGAUGUCCGAGGAGGCGCUGAGGCUCAACCUGCUGAAGCGAGGCCUGGAGUCACCCAGCGAGCGAGAGGAAGCACUGGCCAAGCGCCUGAAAAUGGAGGGCCACGAGGCCAUGGAGCGCCUCAAGAUGCUGGCACUACUCAAACGCAAGGACCUUGCUGACCUAGCAGCCCUGGAGGUCGCAGGACCCCUGGGAGAUGGGAAGGGCCCUGGAGCCAGCUCCCUCCACCACCAGAGCCUAAUGGGUGCUGCUUAUGAGGAGAAGCUGAAUGGGAGUCUGAGGCUGGGAGGCCAUGGUGGCCAUGUUGGACCCAGUAAGAAUGGGAAGGAGAACAUCCUGGAUGAGCAGCCAGUGGAUAUGAGUGCUGGGAGAAGAUGCGAUGCGGAGCACGACAGACGAACUCCGUCUCCGGACGUCAUCAUCCUGUCAGACAACGAGGCGUCCAGUCCCAGGACAACACCUCGCCCUGAGGAGCGCCUGCACCAGGCCAACCUGGACAUGUUCAAGGGGAAGACAGGAGAGGAGAGGCAGCAGAUGAUCAAAGCUCUGAGAGAGGAGCUGCGUCUGGAGGAGGCUCGCCUGGUGCUGCUGAAGAAGCUCAGACAGAGUCAGAUGCAGAAGGAGAACGUGGUGCAGAAGGUCCCAGUGGUCCAGAACGCUGCAUCCUCUGUUCAGCCACCUCCCAUCCACAGCUCUCCCGGCCUGGGGAAGCUGCCUGUGAGGCCGGGCCUGCACAACCCUGAGCCCCAGAACCUCCGCACUGCACAGGGUCAUACAGUCAUCAGGUCAGCAGCCAAUGCCAACCUGCCACCCAUGCUAAUGUCCCAGCGAGUGAUAGCCCCUAACCCCGCCCAGCUGCAGGGCCAGAGGGUCUCCUCCAAGCCUGGGAUGUCUCGCUCCAGCUCCAGCAGCAUGGCCAAUGCUGUAAGCUACCAGCAGGCCAGCCAGCAGGUGGCAGCUUCCCAGCGCUCAGGCUCCAGUGCCAUGUACAUGAACCUGGCUCACAUGCAAGCAGCGGCAGCGGCAGGGGCCGGCGGGGUGGCGGGCGGCCUGGGCGGAGCUUCAGCCGUCAGCCCUUCCACCAUGUCCGGGUCAGCCAGCGGAGGGGUGAGCUCCAUGGCCGACCAGGCCAGCAGCCAGGCGGCAGCCAAGCUGGCCCUCAGGAAGCAGCUGGAGAAAACCCUGUUGGAGAUCCCUCCACCCAAACCCCCUGCCCCACUCCUCCACUUCCUGCCCUCUGCUGCCAACAGCGAGUUCAUCUACAUGGUGGGCCUGGAGGAGGUGGUGCAGAGUGUGCUCGACAGUCAGGGUAAACUCAGAGGGACGCUGGCCCGCAUGGAGCCUUUCUUUUGCGCCCAGUGCAGAACUGACUUCACCCCUCACUGGAAGCAAGAGAAGAGCGGGCGAAUCCUCUGCGAGCAAUGCAUGACAUCCAAUCAGAAGAAGGCUCUGAAGGCGGAGCACACCAACAGGCUGAAGAACGCCUUUGUGAAGGCUCUGCAGCAGGAGCAGGAGAUUGAACAGAGGCUGCAGCAGCAGGCAGCCCUCUCUCCCAGCUCGGUCCCUACUGGCCCUAACGCCUCCAAGACUGACACCAUGAUCCGACAUCAUGCCCUCCGCCAGGCUCCCCAGCCUCAGGCCUCCCUGCAGCGAGGUCUGUCCAACUCAGCGCGAGGUGUCCUGUCAAACUUCGCUCAGGCCUCCCAGCUGUCGGUGGCCAGCAGCCUCAUGGGAAUGACUAGUGCCAAGCACUGUGGCAGCGGUGGAAGCAGCAGCAGCAGCAGCAGUAGCAGCAAUAGACUGCAGCAUGACAGCCGUCGCCAGAUCUACAACAUCCCAGGGUUAAAUAUUGCCUAUCUGAACCCAGCGGCAGUUGGAGCCCAUAAGAGCUCCAGCUUAGCAGACCGGCAGAGAGAGUACCUGUUGGACAUGAUCCCACCUCGAUCCAUAUCGCAGUCCAUCACCGGACAGAAAUGAGCCCCAACCAGCCCUGCCCCUCUGAUGCCACCCCCAUCCUGCCCCACCGACCCCCCACCCUCCUCCCCAAACUGAAGCACUCCCAGAUCAACCAACAUCCCCACCCCCCAUCGCAUGCAGUGCCUGUCCGUGUGCCUACCUUAGACCAACCCAUGAAAACCCACCGAGUCGGACAAAGACACUAAACUGUCAGUGCAUCUCAAAUGUUCUUAUGAUAGUAAAAAUCUUCUUCGUCAGCGUUGUUUAACAAUUAUAAUUCCCAUUAUUAUUGCUGUUGGUAGCACUAUUAUUAUUCUUGCAACUACCGUUUUUGCUUCAGUUACUAUUACUCAUUAUGCUUUUUUCUUUUGUAAGUGUUUGGUCCAUUUUUUUGUUUCUCUGCUGUCUCUCCUUUACUUUGGGGAGUGACGGUGAAUCAUUGUAGGGUCGCUUUAGGCCACGGUCAUAUAGGAUUUUUUUCUCCUUUCAAUUAUAAAGCUUAUAUGUGACUAUUGCUAGUAACAGAAGAUCAACAGGGUGCAUUCUGGUUGCUAUGCAACAUAAAGUUUAACAACUUUAGCUUGCUAACUUGAAGUAACAAAGUGGAAAAUACUGAUAGGAUCAAAAACAGACAAAAUUAAGUUAGUAACUGCUCUGCUUGCUCUUGAAAAGAGGAUGACGAGCCUGCUCAAAAAAUGGAGAAUAUGGUGGGGGGGG